CUUCCACGACUUCUACGACUUCUGAAAAGACCAGCUCAAGAUCACCUAGAGGUAGACGUCUGCCACCACCAGCAUUGCCCUUCAGCGAUGAUAUCAUUCUCGCUCGACGUGAAGCUCGCAAUGCCUGGCUGAGCAUUUCGUCAGACAAGGCAGUUCCCAAGGGAAAGAAGAACGCCACUGCAAUUCAUGCCAAGGUGCUAGGCAAUGGCGGACAAGCUGUGGUGUUGCGUUGUGUGAAAACGAAGUUGGUCCAAGUGAGGCGAAAGGCUAGAGCUUCUCGUUCUGCGUCUCCAGCCGGACCUAUCCGACAUCCUGAAAUAGUUUUCGCAGGUGCUUUCGUGCCUACUUACAAUUAUUAAGGCUAACUUGGUGGGGGGGAACUGACUUGGAGGGGGUGCUCCUUUUCAGUCUUUCUAUAGCUUUCUCUUUGUGUCUGUGAAAUGUUUGCUUUCUCUGCGCCCACCACUGCUGGUGCGUCGAACUCGUGGGUCAUACUAUUUUUAUUUUAGUAUACCGCCCGCCAUAAAAAAAAAAAAAUUCGCAAAACUUGUAAUUGUAAUUGUAAUAAAGAAUUGUGAAAGCGACCCCCCUUCCAUGACCCCGCAGGAGUAAGCUCUAAUACAAUGCAGCGACAUUGGGAAUGAGCAGUACCAAAAAACCUGAAAUGCGGAAUACAUCGAGGUUCCAGGGCGACUGGGAUAAAGUUGGUUUCCGGUAUGAAGACUACCUCGAAGAUGUCGGGCCAGAUGAUGAGGAGAUUCUUGAUGAUGUCGACGACGAAAAAGAAGGGAACAAGCAUGCACAUGCACACCAUCACCAAGGAAGAAGAGCAAGAGAUGCUACUACUAAAGAAAAAGAUGUUGAAUUGAAAGUGAAAGUCGUUGCCUCCGUAACGGUGAAGGUUUUUGACAAAUGUUGGGAUAAUUCAGCGUCUAGUCGUGGUGGGAGUGACCCGAGCUAUGGAUGUUCUUUCGAAAUAAAGGAACCGGUUGUGCAGCAGGAGGCGUAUCAUCGAGCCAGGUAUCUCGCAGAGCUAAAGAAGCAACAAAAUGCAGCAGCUGAAGAGGCGCGUCAAACUGCCGAUGAGGAAGAAUGCCAGAGCAGAAGUCCUCUCCCUCCUGCAGGAGCCUUACUAGCAGGUGGAGGACUGCAAGGAGAUGCAUCAACGUCUUCGAGUGCUGGUGAAGCUUCAAA